CUCAGCCUUGCCUUAGCUCCGCAGCCUCUCUUUCCUGGCCUUCCUCCUGUCUGCGCGUGCGGCAUGGAACCCGGCUGGGACCUGGGGGCCUCGGCAGGCCGCUCGCUGCUGCUCUGCUCCGCGCUGCUGGUGGCAGGCUGUGCGUUGGGCCUGCGCCUGGGCCGCGGGCGCGGGGCGGCGGACCGCGGGGCGCUCGCCUGGCUCUGCUACGACGCCCUGGUGCACUUUGUGCUGGAAGGCACUUUUGUCUACUUGUCUUUAUCGGGAAACAUUGCAGAUUCUGAAGAAGGCUUGAUUGCAUCUUUAUGGAAAGAGUAUGGCAAAGCUGACAUACGAUGGCUCCAUUUUGAUCCAAAUAUCGUGUCUGUGGAAAUUUUCACCGUUGUGGUAGGUGGGUUCCUGGCGUUGUUCCUCAUUUAUGCCAUUGUGAUGGAGAGAUAUUACCGGCACUUCCUACAGAUCACACUGUGUGUUUGUGAACUCUAUGGUGGCUGGAUGACCUUCUUCCCAGAGUGGCUUAUCCAAAGCCCCAACCUCAACACCAAGAGUUGGCUGUACUUUUGGGUCUAUCUGGUAUUCUUUAAUGGGUUGUGGGUUCUGACCCCAGGACUGCUAUUGUGGCAGUCUUGGGCAGAACUCAAGAAAAUGCAUCACAAAGGAACUGCUUUGGGGAAAAAGCGUUGGUGAAUUUCAAAAUCAUACUGCCAUUUUGCUUAAGAAUGGAUAGAUUUAACAUUCCAGUCUGCACUGUCUUUUUGUACUGUUGUUCCUGAAAACCUGUUUCAAAUUGGUUGUGAGGUAACAAAGUUUUGUUGAUUUUAUUUUAUUUUUUUAAUUGAAGGACAGACACGGAAAAGAGAUAUCUGAGGGUAUAGCUCAGUAACAGAGUGCUUGACUAGCAAGCACAAGGUACACACACACACACACACACAUACACAAAAGAACAGGGAAAGAGAAUGAAAUUUUAACUUGAAUAAUUGCAUUUGAUUAUAUACUUUUGUGGCUGGUAUUAAUUGUUCUACAUUAAUAAAGUUGAAUGUCAUA